AUGAGGAAAGGUCUGCGGGCGACAGCGGCCCGCUGCGGACUGGGGCUGGGAUACGUGCUGCAGAUGCUCGUGCUACCUGCCCUGGCCCUGCUCAGCGCCAGCGGCACCGGCUCGGCCGCUCAAGAGGACGACUUUUUUCAUGAACUCCCAGAAACCUUUCCAUCUGAUCCACCUGAGCCUCUGCCACAUUUCCUUAUUGAGCCUGAAGAAGCUUAUAUUGUGAAGAAUAAGCCUGUGAACCUGUAUUGUAAAGCCAGCCCUGCCACCCAGAUCUACUUCAAGUGCAAUAGUGAAUGGGUUCAUCAGAAGGACCACAUAGUAGAUGAAAGAGUAGACGAAACCUCUGGUCUCAUUGUCCGGGAAGUAAGCAUUGAGAUUUCACGCCAGCAAGUGGAAGAACUCUUUGGGCCUGAAGAUUACUGGUGCCAGUGUGUAGCCUGGAGCUCGGCGGGUACCACCAAGAGCCGGAAGGCCUACGUGCGCAUUGCAUAUCUGCGGAAGACAUUUGAGCAGGAACCCCUGGGAAAGGAAGUAUCCUUGGAACAGGAAGUCUUGCUCCAGUGUCGACCACCAGAAGGGAUCCCAGUGGCUGAAGUAGAAUGGUUGAAAAAUGAAGACAUCAUUGAUCCUGUUGAAGAUCGGAAUUUUUAUAUUACUAUUGAUCACAACCUCAUCAUCAAGCAGGCCCGCCUCUCAGAUACUGCCAACUAUACUUGUGUGGCCAAAAACAUUGUCGCCAAGAGGAAGAGCACAACCGCAACUGUCAUAGUCUAUGUAAACGGUGGCUGGUCUACCUGGACAGAGUGGUCCGUGUGUAAUAGCCGCUGUGGACGAGGGUAUCAGAAGCGCACAAGGACCUGCACCAACCCAGCCCCACUCAAUGGUGGUGCCUUCUGUGAAGGGCAGAGUGUGCAGAAAAUAGCCUGCACCACGUUAUGCCCAGUGGAUGGCAGGUGGACCUCAUGGAGCAAGUGGUCGACUUGUGGGACCGAGUGCACGCACUGGCGCAGGAGAGAGUGCACGGCACCAGCCCCCAAGAACGGAGGCAAGGACUGCGACGGCCUCGUCUUGCAGUCCAAGAACUGCACGGAUGGUCUGUGCAUGCAGACUGCUCCUGAUUCAGACGAUGUUGCUCUGUAUGUUGGCGUUGUGAUCGCUGUGAUAGUUUGCCUGGCCAUUUCUGUAGUUGUGGCCCUCUUUGUGUAUCGGAAGAAUCAUCGUGACUUUGAGUCUGAUAUUAUUGACUCUUCUGCACUCAAUGGAGGCUUUCAGCCUGUGAACAUCAAGGCAGCAAGGCAAGGUCAAAUGCAAAUGGACGUUCCUUCUCCUUCUGACUCAGAUCUCCUGGCAGUACCCCCAGACCUCACGUCAGCUGCAGCCAUGUACAGAGGACCCGUUUAUGCCUUGCAUGAUGUUUCGGACAAAAUCCCCAUGACCAACUCUCCAAUUCUGGAUCCACUGCCUAACCUGAAAAUCAAAGUGUACAAUACCUCAGGUGCUGUCACACCCCAAGAUGACCUCUCUGAGUUUGCAUCAAAGCUGUCCCCUCAGAUGACCCAAUCCUUGUUGGAGAAUGAGGCCCUCAACCUGAAGAAUCAGAGUCUAGCAAGGCAGACGGACCCAUCCUGCACUGCUUUUGGCACCUUCAACUCGCUCGGCGGUCACCUUAUCAUUCCCAAUUCAGGAGUAAGCUUGCUGAUUCCCGCUGGGGCCAUUCCCCAAGGGAGAGUCUACGAAAUGUAUGUGACUGUACACAGGAAGGAAAAUAUGAGGCCGCCCGUGGAGGACGCUCAGGCACUCCUGACCCCUGUGGUGAGCUGUGGGCCUCCAGGAGCUCUGCUGACCCGUCCUGUCAUCGUCACUCUGCAUCACUGCGCAGACCCCAGUACCGAGGACUGGAAGAUACAGCUCAAGAGCCAGGCAGCGCAGGGACAGUGGGAGGAUGUGGUGGUGGUCGGCGAGGAAAACUUCACCACCCCCUGCUACAUUCAGCUGGACGCAGAGGCCUGCCACCUCCUCUCCGAGAACCUCGGCACCUACGCCCUGGUUGGGCAGUCCACCACCAAAGCAGCCGCAAAGCGCCUGAAGCUGGCCAUCUUCGGGCCACUCUGCUGCUCCUCUCUGGAGUACAGCCUCCGCGUCUACUGUCUGGAUGACACUCAGGAUGCCCUGAAGGAAGUCUUGCAGCUCGAAAGACAGAUGGGAGGACAGCUCCUAGAAGAACCUAAGGCUCUUCACUUUAAAGGCAGCACCCACAACCUGCGCCUGUCCAUUCAUGAUGUCGCCCAUUCCCUCUGGAAGAGCAAAUUGCUGGCCAAAUAUCAGGAAAUUCCUUUCUACCAUAUCUGGAGUGGGUCUCAGAGAAACCUCCACUGCACGUUCACUCUGGAAAGAUUCAGCCUGAACACAGUGGAGCUGGUCUGCAAACUGUGUGUGCGGCAGGUGGAGGGAGAAGGGCAGAUCUUCCAGCUAAACUGCACCGUGUCCGAGGAACCUACUGGCAUCGAUUUGCCUCUGCUGGACCCAGCGAGCACCAUCACCACCAUGACGGGACCCAGUGCUUUCAGCAUCCCUCCCCCUAUCCGGCAGAAGCUCUGCAGCAGCCUGGACGCCCCACAGACGAGGGGUCAUGACUGGAGGAUGCUGGCCCAUAAGCUAAACCUGGGCAGGUACUUGAAUUACUUUGCCACCAAAUCAAGUCCAACUGGCGUCAUCCUGGAUCUUUGGGAAGCACAGAACUUCCCAGAUGGAAACCUGAGCGUGCUGGCAGCUGUCUUGGAGGAAAUGGGAAGACAUGAAACAGUAGUGUCGUUAGCAGCAGAAGGGCAGUAUUGACCCAGGCUGGGGCUGAAAGUGGAGGAGGAGAGUCACAGGGAGUCUGUGGACGUCCAGGGGCUCAGAGCUGAGGAGGAAACCCAGUCUAGACCAGUGAGCUCCACAGGCAAGACUGCAGCGGGAGAGAGAAGGAAGACAGACACAACUACCAAUAUACAUGCCCACUCUACUCGGACAUCGUCACAGGAGUUAAGAA